CCAUUUACUACGUCACCGAACACCUUCUAAGAUGACGUCAGCCUCAUUGGCAGGCAUAUCAAUAUCGCCAAUUGUGCCGGAAGAACUCGACGGCACAAUAGCACCAAUUGGAACACAACCAAUGGACAUCACAUUAGCAUUUGUGUUUUCUGCGAUUUCAGUCAUUGGAGUACUUGGAAACCUUUUAGUAAUUACAGUUGUACUUAAAGUUAGAGGAAUGAAAACACCAACUAAUUGCUAUUUAGUAUCAUUGGCCGCCAGUGACACAUUAUUCUUUUUUGCUUCAAUGCCUCAUGAAAUGAUGUAUUUAUUGGGUCCAAAUGAUCAUUAUUUAUUUGGAAGUUUAGGUUGUGUACUUCUAACCUAUCUUCCAUAUCUUGCAAUGAACACUUCAAGUCUGUCUAUUUUAGCGUUCACAAUUGAACGGUAUUAUGGUAUUUGUAAUCCAUAUAAAGCCAGAACCAUGUGCACUGUUAAACGCGCAACGUGUAUUAUCUGUGGUAUCUGGAUCUUCUCAAUGCUGUAUCAUUCCUAUUGGCUUUUCUUGGCUACGUUAAUCAAAGAUGAUAUUGGAACAUCUUGUAGUUUUCGGUUGGAAAGAAAUAGUCAUGCUUACAAGAUAGUUUUCCUUCUUGAUUUCGUCCUGUGGUACGUGCUUCCAAUUAUGUGCGACAUCAUUAUCUACGCAAAAAUCGGUAUCACUUUGAGUCAAUGUGGAGAUAAGAUUAAGAAAUCGGUGAAGCCGAAAAUACCAAAUGAAGUGAUCGUCGAAAAAUCAAAGACAUCGUCGACUUCAAUGGGACAUUAUUCCGGAAGAGAUUCUCAUAUUUCGGGGAAACGGAACUCGGCAAAAGGAAGAAAUCAGGUUGUAAAAAUGCUUGCAAUCGUUGUGGCCGUCUUCGCAGUGUGUUGGCUUCCUUAUCGUGGAAUGGUUGUCUAUAAUUCAUUUGUAUCGGAUCCAAAGUAUUCAUGGAGUCCUGAUUGGUAUAUCAAUUUGUCAAAGACACUUGUAUUCAUCAACUGUGCUAUUAAUCCAAUACUAUACAACUUGAUGUCUGCUAGAUUCCGUGCUGCAUUCAGAUCGUUGUUAUCGAAAAGAAAGAAUUCCGGAUUUAAAUCAACAGCUUUGAACCAACGUCACCGAUUAAACACAAUGGAUAUAAUGUCAUCAGCUGAACCAAAAUCUCCAUUAAUAACAUCAAUGGCUGGAACUCCGUGAUACAUUUCUCUUAUUCCUUCAAAUUAUCUCCUUCUCAUCAUAGUGUUGCCUUUAAUUUUUAUUUAUGGGUUCAAAUUUCGCCAAUUUUUAAAUAAUUAUGUACAGUAUGUUUUUUUCUCCCUGAACUUCUCAUCAUUUUACAACCGGGUAAAAGCACAUUUUAAGAAAACCGCCUUCUCUGAAAAGUCACACAUGUUUUAUUUUAUUUUUGUCUGUUUUAUCAUAUUUGAUAAAAGAAUAUUAUUUUUUAUUAUAUAAAAAUCAAUU